AUGGUGGUUCAGUAUUUAAUUAAAAGUACUACCUGGGCUGCAGCAGCCACUGAAGAGCAGCAGCCAUGGCUCUACCCCAUGGCCAUGGGCCUCAGUAAAGGCCACAAGGUGACAAAGAAUGUGAGCAAACUGAGGCACAGCCGCUGCUGUGGGUGCCUCACCAAGCACACCAAGUUUGUGUGGGACAUGAUUUGGGAGGUGUGCGGCUUCACCUGCUAUGAGUGGCGUGCCAUGGAGCUGCUCAAGGUGUCCAAGGACAAACGAGCCCUGGAGUUCAUCAAGAAAAGGGUGGGGACACACGUCCGAGCCAAGAGGAAGUGUGAGGAGCUGAGCAAUGUGCUGGCCACCAUGAGGAAAGCAGCUGCCAAGAAGGACUGA